GGGGGCCGCGCGGCCCGGGCCUACCCGCGGUCGGGCCACCUCCUCCCUCUCCGGAGUGACGAAUCGGCGCCCGGCUGGCAAAGUACUGACUUUCGGGGAGUUUUGAGGAACGUAUGGAGCCUGAAAAAAAUCCUUGACUGUGCUAAACCCCACCGCGUCCCCACUAGAACGCUUAUUUUUCUGAAGAGAGUCGGGUGGGGCCUGGGAAGGAAUUAAGAAGAGUGUUGAAAGUGCGAGCGCGGAAGCUCGGGACGCGAGGGGCGGGGCGUGCGCGGGACAAAGGGAAGCGAGGCCGGAGCUGCGGGCGCUUUUUCUGCCCGCGGUGUCUCAGAUUCAUUCUUAAGGAACUGAGAACUUAAUCUUCCAAAAUGUCAAAAAGACCAUCUUAUGCCCCACCUCCCACCCCAGCUCCUGCAACACAAAUGCCCAGCACACCAGGGUUUGUGGGAUACAAUCCAUACAGUCAUCUCGCCUACAACAACUACAGGCUGGGAGGGAACCCGGGCACCAACAGCCGGGUCACGGCGUCCUCUGGUAUCACGAUUCCAAAACCCCCAAAGCCACCAGAUAAGCCGCUGAUGCCCUACAUGAGGUACAGCAGAAAGGUCUGGGACCAAGUAAAGGCUUCCAACCCUGACCUAAAGUUGUGGGAGAUUGGCAAGAUUAUUGGUGGCAUGUGGCGAGAUCUCACCGAUGAAGAAAAACAAGAAUAUUUAAACGAAUACGAAGCAGAAAAGAUAGAAUACAAUGAAUCUAUGAAGGCCUACCAUAAUUCCCCCGCGUACCUUGCUUACAUAAAUGCGAAAAGUCGUGCAGAAGCUGCUUUAGAGGAAGAAAGUCGACAGAGACAGUCUCGCAUGGAGAAAGGAGAACCUUACAUGAGCAUUCAGCCUGCUGAAGACCCAGACGAUUAUGAUGAUGGCUUUUCAAUGAAGCAUACAGCCACCGCCCGUUUCCAGAGAAACCACCGCCUCAUCAGCGAAAUCCUUAGUGAAAGUGUGGUGCCAGACGUUCGGUCAGUUGUCACAACAGCUAGAAUGCAGGUUCUUAAACGACAGGUCCAGUCCUUAAUGGUUCAUCAGCGGAAAUUAGAAGCUGAACUUCUUCAAAUAGAGGAGCGACACCAAGAAAAGAAGAGGAAAUUCCUGGAAAGCACAGACUCAUUUAACAAUGAGCUUAAAAGGUUGUGUGGUUUGAAAGUAGAAGUGGAUAUGGAAAAAAUUGCCGCUGAAAUUGCACAAGCUGAGGAGCAGGCUCGAAAAAGGCAGGAGGAAAGGGAAAAAGAGGCGGCAGAGCAAGCCGACCGCAGCCAGAGCAGUAUCGUUCCUGAAGAGGAGCCAGCAGCGAGCAAGACCGAAGACAAGAAGGAGGACGAGAGCAUGCCGAUGGAGACAGGUAGCCUGCCAGAGGAGACACACCUUGAAGAUACAACAGAAAGCCAACAGAAUGGUGAAGAAGGCACGUCUACUCCUGAGGACAAGGAGAGCGGGCAGGAAGGGGUGGACAGUCUGGCAGAGGAAGGGACCAGUGAUAGCAACACUGGCUCAGAAAGCAACAGCGCAACCGUGGAGGAGCCACCGACAGAUCCCGUACCAGAAGAUGAGAAAAAAGAAUAAAUGUUGCCUUGUUUUAUGUGUUCUAAAUAACUUUUUUAAAUGAAAAAAUGUUUUUUGAGUUUUAA